AUGAAUCAAAGUCAUACUAAUGGUCGGAUACUUUUGGACAUUCCGUGCAAAGUAUGUCGAGACCACAGUUCUGGCAAACACUAUGGCAUCUUUGCCUGCGAUGGUUGUGCCGGCUUUUUCAAGCGAUCUAUUCGUCGCAAUCGACAAUACAUAUGCAAAGCCCGUGGUUCGGGUGCUAACAAGUGUCCGGUCGAUAAAACUCAUCGAAACCAGUGUCGGGCCUGUCGUCUAAAUAAAUGUGUAGAAGAGGGUAUGAAUAAGGAUGCCGUUCAACAUGAAAGAGGGCCAAGAAAUUCGACAAUCAGAAGACAAGUAGCUCUUUACUUAAAAGACACGUCAGUUAUAGAUAGACUUAGUCUUCCGUCAACAUUCAUGUCGCCAUCAGUACAUGAGCCACAAAAUCGAUUAUCUAUACCACAACCCAACUCAUCAAUCCGACCGCAAGUCAGCACUAAUAUCUCAUUAUCAUCGCUGUCAUCAUCUUUGACAGCCAUUCCGAGAUUAGUUGAUUCAAAUGCAUUAACAUUAAGACCAACGGCUGUAUGCCAUCCAACUCCUAAAUAUCCAUUUCCAUACAUACCCGGAUUAAAUGGUUUUAUAUCAUCAAAUUGUGAGACAGUAUGUGAAACAGCAGCUCGACUACUGUUUUAUAAUAUAAAAUGGUUGAAAACAUUACCAGUGUUUGUGUCACUUCCUAUGAGAGAUCAGUUAUUACUUAUAGAGGAGGGUUGGAGAGAGCUGUUCAUACUUAGUGCCGCACAAUUCAUGCUUCCCAUAGAUAUGGAGCCAUUAAUAGCAUCGGUCGGUAUUAACUCGAGUUCAUUGUUGGCGUCGAGGGACGACUCGUCGGCACUAUCAUUGAGCACAGCCUCCAAAACAGACAAAUUCGUCACUUUUAUGACUGAAAUUAGAUGUUUUCAAGAAUUGGUGACCAAAUUCAAAGAGCUAAGAGUCGAUACCACUGAAUACACUUGUCUUAAAGCUAUUGUUCUCUUCAAAACUGACUUUCCCUCUUCAUCAUCGACUUCAUCGACUACAGUCCAUGAGCUCAGAGAUAGUGCUGCCGUAUCUGCAGCUCAAGACAGGGCUAAUGUGACAUUAAAUCAGUACAUUUCAACGGCAUAUCCGACACAACAGUCAUUCCGUUUCGGAAAAUUGCUUUUAAUGUUACCAUCGCUUAGAAGUGUCUCCGGAAACACUAUUGAAGAACUGUUUUUCCGGAAAACCAUUGGAAAUAUACCAAUAGAUAGACUUUUAUCAGAUAUGUAUAAAUCAACAGAAUUCUGA